AUGAAUGUCACCGUCGCGAGUGCCAAGCUAAACCGACAGGUCAGUCUGCGUGACAUUUGCUUCCGACCGCUGCUUCCGGACAACACGGAGUGCGCUGUCACCAGCCCGCUGGAGUAUUUUCAACACGACUCAUCCUUCUUUAACCAACAGAAUGGUACCACUACGUACCUCGAUCACAUCAUGUUCUGCGGGAAAUCGCCCCUCUCGAUCUCCGGGUCGCCCCUUAAUGCUUCCGCCUCCUGUCUUGGUUCAUCAGGUCUUCCACAAAUGCCCAACGUCAUUUUCGGUGGCUUCAAAGGCAUCUCCGAGCUCGUCACCAUGGCGCUGGAUUGGGAAAAAGCCUAUCUGCAAACUAUUCAGUCCUGGAUAGCCAACAACUCUGACCAGCUCAUUGUCAGUUACCAAGCCGAGAGGUCUGCCGAGGACGAGAUUGAACGUCAAUCGAACGCAGAUAUCCGUACAGUGAUUAUCAGUUACGUCGUCAUGUUUGCCUAUGUCAGCGUGUUUCUCGGUGUCUACCACGACUGCCGGACUAUACCAGUAAGUUGUUGUGCGACUAUUUCCACCGCAGCAGUCUACCUUCGGCUUUUUAAUAUAUGUAUUCUAUCUCCUUGA